ACACCUCCUUUGGGUGGAGCUUCGCCCUGGCCUGACCAAUCAGAAUCCGUUUUGAUGGAACGCUUUAACCACUCAGCGAAUCACAGCAGUCUUUCUUGACACACCGUGCUGUGGUCCGUGGUUUCAGAAGCGAAGCAGUGUCUAUCUCUCGUCUCUGGUGGGAAUGCCGCAGACAAACAAAUCCAGGAACGCCCCGGCGCACAGUAAGUCGGCGGAUAGUGCAACCAUGGUCCGGGAGGAGAGCCAUGGAGGAACAGCAGCAGGAGGAGGAGGAGAUACCGGCGACAAGGAUAUCAUCAAGUCACCAAGUGAUCCCAAACAGUACAGGUACAUCGUGCUUGACAACGGCCUGAGAGCUCUGCUCAUCUCAGAUACAAGGACGAGUUCAGCUGACAACACCUCUGACGGAGAGGACGAGGAGGAGGAGGAAGACGACGAGGAGGAGGAGGAGGAAGGCGACGAGGAGGAGGAAGAGGGCAGUGACUCCGGAGAAGAAACAGGGGAAGAAGAAGACGAGGAUGACAAAAAGGAGAGCGAGGACGAGGGAGAGAAGGAGGGGAAGAGGAGACGAGGGAAGCCGUCUGAGAAACAGUCGGCUGCAGCGCUGUGCGUCGGAGUGGGCAGCUUCAGCGACCCCGACCACCUCCCGGGCCUCGCACACUUCCUGGAACACAUGGUGUUUAUGGGCAGUGAGAAGUAUCCCACGGAGAACGGCUUUGACGCCUUCCUCAACAAACAUGGCGGCAGCGACAACGCGUCCACUGACUGCGAGCGGACGGUGUUCCAGUUCGACGUUCCCAGGAAGCGCUUCCGGGAGGCUCUGGACAGGUGGGCCCAGUUCUUCAUCUGCCCGCUGAUGAUCAGAGACGCCGUGGACCGCGAGGUGGAGGCUGUCGACAGUGAGUACCAGCUGGCCAAGCCGUCCGACUCCCACAGGAAGGAGAUGCUGUUCGGCAGUCUGGCAAAACCCGGACACCCCAUGGGCAAGUUUGGUUGGGGAAACGCUCAGUCCCUGAAGGAGGAGCCCAAGGAGAAGAAGAUCAACGUGUACAAAGAGCUGCGGGCCUUCUGGAAGAGAUACUACUCUGCCCACUACAUGACCCUGGCCGUGCAGUCCAUAGAGAAGCUGGACACCUUGGAAGAGUGGGUGAGGGAGAUCUUCAGCAAGGUGCCCAACAACGUCCAGCCCAGGCCGGAUUUCUCUCGCAUGCAGGAUCCCUUCGAUACGCCAGCCUUCAACAAGCUCUACAGAGUUGUUCCCGUGAGGAAAGUCCAUGCUUUGACCAUCACGUGGGCCCUCCCGCCUCAGGAGAAGCACUACAGGGUGAAACCUCUCCACUACAUCUCCUGGCUCAUUGGCCACGAGGGAGCGGGCAGCAUCCUAUCCCUGCUCCGGAAAAAGUGCUGGGCCCUGGAUCUCUUCGGUGGGAACAGCGAGACGGGCUUCGACCAGAACGCCACCUACUCCAUCUUCUCCAUCUCCAUCACCCUCACGGACGAGGGCUUCCAGAACUUCUACCAGGUGGUCCACCUGGUCUUCCAGUACCUCAGCAUGCUGCAGACCCUGGGACCUGAACAAAGAAUAUAUGAAGAGAUCCAGAAGAUUGAAGCCAACGAGUUCCAUUAUCAGGAGCAGACUGACCCCAUAGAGUUUGUGGAGGACAUGUGUGAGAACAUGCAGCUCUUUCCUAAAGAAGACCUCCUGACCGGAGACCAGCUGAUGUUUGAGUUCAGACCAGAGGUGAUCAGCGAGGCACUCUCCCUUCUCACCCCAGACCGGGCCAACCUCAUGCUGCUGUCCCCGGAACACGAGGGUCAAUGUCCCCUGAGGGAGAAGUGGUUCAACACCAACUACAGCCAGGAGGACGUCAGUCAGGAGUGGCGGGACCGCUGGGCCGGACCACUGGAGCCCAACCCGGAGCUGCACCUCCCCGUCCCCAACCACUUCAUCGCCACCGACUUCACCCUGCACCCGGCCGACUGUCCCGAGAGCGACGUCCCCGUUAAGAUGGCCGACAGCGACACUGGCUGCCUCUGGUACAAGAAGGACACCAAGUUCAACAUCCCUAAAGCCUACGUCCGGUUCCACCUCAUCUCGCCUGUCAUCCAGCAGUCGGCUGAGAAUGUGGUCCUGUUUGACCUGCUGGUGAACAUCCUGACCCACCGGCUGGCGGAGCCGGCCUACGAGGCGGACGUGGCCCAGCUGGAGUACAAGCUGACGGCCGGGGAGCACGGCCUGGUGAUGAGGGUCAAGGGCUUCAACCACAAGCUCUCUCUGCUGUUCCACCUGCUGGUGGACCACCUGGCGGACUUCCGCGCGGAUCCAGACGUGUUCAGCAUGUUCAUGGAGCAGCUGAAGAAGAGCUACUUCAACACGCUCAUCAAGCCCACCAAGCUGGGAAAAGACGUGCGUCUGCUGGUGCUGGAGCACUCCCGCUGGUCCAUGAUGGAGAAGUACGCGGCUCUGAGCGCGGGGCUGACCCCGGACAAGCUGAUGGCGUUCAGCCGGAGCUUCAGGGCCCACCUCUACGCCGAGGGGCUCGUCCAGGGCAACUACAGCAGCGCGGAGGCCCUCCAGUUCCUGCACUACGUCACCGAGAAGCUGCAGUUCCGGGUGCCAGCGGAGGUGCCGGUGCUCUUCAGGGUGGUGCAGCUUCCCGGGCGGCACCACCUCUGUAAGGUCAAUUCUCUGAACAAGGGCGACGCCAACUCGGAGGUCACCGUCUACUACCAGGUGCCCACAAAGAACCUGAGAGAACACACGCUUAUGGAGCUUCUAGUGAUGCACAUGGAGGAGCCAUGCUUUGACUUCCUACGCACCAAGGAGACUCUGGGGUACCACGUCUACCCGACCUGCAGGAACACCUCUGGAGUCCUGGGCUUCUCGGUUACCGUGGAAACGCAGGCCACCAAGUUCUGCACGGAGACGGUGGAGCUGAAGAUUGAAGAGUUCCUCGCCUCGUUCGAGAAGAAGCUGAACGCCCUCAGCGAGAACGCCUUCAGCACCCAGGUGACGGCCCUGGUCCGGCUGAAGGAGUACGAGGACACCCACCUGGGGGAGGAGGUGGACAGGAACUGGUCAGAGGUGGUCACACAGCAGUACAUCUUCGACAGGCUGGGCCGAGAGAUCUCCGCUCUGAAGCAGAUGUCCCGGGAGCAUCUGAUCUCCUGGUUUAAAGAGCACCGCCGACAGGACACCAAGCUCAGCGUGCACGUGGUGGGCUUUGGAGCGGAGGAGAAGGAUCAGCAGACAGAGCUCCAGGGAGGUGAGGAGGAGGAAGAGAGCAGCUCCUCGUAUGGAGAGGUGUCCAAACUCACCUUCCUCCCCCCCUCGCCCAAGAUGGCCGCCGCGUCGGCCAUCAUGGAUAUCCCUGAUUUCACCAAAACCUUGCCCCUCUUUCCCUACCACAAGAUAGUACAAUGAACUGUGACCUGCCCAUAGAGCUGAUGACUCCUCCCACAUACAUGAUGACCCCUCCCACUUACAUGAUGGCCCCUCCCAUAGAACUAGUGACUCCUCCCAUAUAUGACAGCACCCCUUCAAGUAAGAAAAAGGGUUAGAGUCGAAAGGC